GAGCUAAACAUUGCUCCACGCACCGUCACCGUACUGCAACCUACUGCUUGUAAAAUGCUGAACAAGAAGCGAAUAAUGUCACAGUUCAGUCAGUAAUCUUGAGUACUAGUGAACAGGCAAAGCAGAUGACGGCUAUCAUAUAAAAUGAUUAUACAGACACGUAUAAAGCCCAUCCGUUGAAGUUGUUUUGAGAAGGUGGAGCGAGGCGGACGUGCUGCGAAAGCGAAAGGGGGGUUUGUCUCAGCCGUGCAGCCGGUGGGCCGGGCAGGAAGUCGUCCUCACUCGGGCCCCCUGGCCGUCGGCGUCGUACGCGCACGGUGAAGCGAGCGGCAUGGCGGAAGGGGAGAGCGACUCGGAGUCCGAAAGGCUCGGAGAACAGCUGGAUCGCCUGCAGGUUCGUCAGCCGGAGUGCAAGAGCUACUGCUCCGGGUUCUGCGAGCUGGUGACAGAGCACACGGGCCGUUGGCGUGUGCCGCUGCCUCAGCUGCAGGUGCUCCGGACAGCCCUGUGCCGCUUCUGCCUCUCCUCUGCCUCGUUUCCCCCGGGGUGCGAGCCCGUGCACUGUACCCUCAGCAGCCUCGCCCUGAGCUUCUUUGAACUGCUGCUGUUCUUUGGCAAAGAAGAGUUCCUUGAGUCUCCUUUAAGAGACAUCCUCAAUUCGUUUCAGGAAUGUCACUCCCACCUUGCCAGGCACCACAAUAUUUACCUGUUGCUUGUCAGGCAGGUCAUUGAAGGUGGGGGGCCCUGGGAGCCCCCAGUCCUCCAGGUUAUUCUGAGGGAUGCAGAACAGCCCCAGGCAGAGGUGGAGAAGUACUUGAGCUCUGAAGUUCCCAUCUUCUUUGAGCUCCGCGUGCGUUACCUGCUGGCUUGCAGCCGAACCCAAGAGGCCAUUGCCUUGGCCAAGUGCUGCUUAGAGCAUCCUGAGCUGGGGAAACAUCUCUACUUCCACCAGGCCUACUUGACGUGUCUCUGGAAAGCAUCUCACUACGACCAUCUUCAGAAGGGGAUCGCACUGAUAGAUGGGAGAGAUGCUGUGGAAAUUAUCUGUAACUGUGAGAGUGAGGAGAAGGAUGAGUUGCUGUUGGCUCUCUCUAAAGCCUUCCUAACUCAUCAGCUCAGGAAUGGAGACAUGUACUAUCUAUGGGACCUCAUUUUCAUAUGGAGCAAGUUGCAUCUCAGGGCAAACCCUUCUAAGAAGGACUUCCUUGAGGAAUGUCAUCAGCUGAUAUCUUUGGCGACAAAUGUCAGGUCCAUCUUCCCUUUUAUGAAAAUCAUCACAGCUGAGCUGGGGAAUGAAGGCUUGCACUUCUGCAUGGAGCUGUGUGCUCAGGCCCUUCAAAUGGACCUCCAUGAUGAUCCCACCGCCAGCUGUCUAAUCUACAAGACCAUCGUCUAUUUGCUGCCCAAUGACCUGGACGUCUGUCGUGCUUGUGCCCUCUUGGUGUUCUUCCAGGAACGCACUGUAGAGUCCUAUAAGACUGUAUACCUUCUCUACACCCAUCCGGACCAGGAGUACCAUGUGGACUUCAGCCCAAUAAAAAACCACAUGCGCUUCGAAAUCCUCCAAAUAUUGAAAAAGGGACUGUUUUUUGACCCUGAGUUUUGGAACCUUAUCACCCUGAGGACGAACUGCUUAAAGCUGAUGAGUGAGAAGGUCAUGAAAACUGCUCUGAAUGAAAUUAUGGAGGAAGAAAAGUGGAUACCAGAUUACUGUGAGAAGGAGUCACAUAAAUUACAUUAUGACUCAUCAGAGCUGUACACCAGAAAAGUAUUUCAGAAGCCUGUCAAGAACAAAAAUAAGCCUGUUAUGCGUCGAAUAGUUGUGCCUCCUGAAGUUACAACAGUCUCUAGUGUAAAGAGAAGGGGAAGGAAACCAGGGUCACGUGUUAUAAAGGUAUUAGAUGACCCACAAAGAAGAUGCUCUUACAGAACUCUUGACAUAACUCAGGAAAAUCUUGUCAAACCCUAUGGCAGUAGUUACCUAACUAGAUCAGCUGGUAAAAACGCUGCAAAACGACGUGGCCGGAAACCACAUUGCUUUCAGGAAGGAUCUGUUGAGGAGGCACAGAACAAGGCCCCUAACCCAGUCGAAUGUCUUGAUGACAAAACUGAGUCACCUUCAGUGGAAGAUACAGUCCUUGAAAACACAACAGUGGAAAUGGACCAAGGACAAGAGAUAACCCAGGUGCAGACAGAUACCCAAGCGACUUGUCUUUCAGUGACAGAAGUAACAUGUGAAGCUGUACAGGAAACAGUGCUAGAGACCAUGCCUCUCCCAGACGACCCAUCUGUGUCUUGUGGUCAUGGUGUUAUGGUGGAGGCCUCCCUUCCUGACAAUGUAGUGUCUGAUUCUCAUUUCAGAGAGCAAGUGCAUCAAGUGCUAGAGCCCACAAGCACACCUGAGCUUGCCUUCAGUAUGGAAGUAUCUGUUGGGACAGAGGAGUUUCCCGUUAAUCCACUAGAUGAACUACAGCCUACUAGCACAUCUCAACCUGACUUCAGUCUAGAAGUAUCUGCCAGAGAGGAGGAGGUUGGCGAUAAGUCGCUAGAAGUACUGCAGUCCACCACAACAUCUCAUCCAGACUCAAUUUUAGAGGCACCUGCCCAGGAAGAGAUAAGCUUCCAAGAACUUGAAGAACAUUGUGAAAAGGAAGGCGACUCUGCUGUAGAGCCUCUGGAUGAAUUGAAGUCUUCUGCUUUGUCUUGUGCCGAUAAGCCAAAUACAUUUUGGAAGGCUGCUGUUGAUGUGAAUUAUGCUGCCAUUUUGCAGUUGCACAACUAUUGCAAGAUUCCUGAGGAAGCUGUUGAGGAUGAUUCUGAAGUCAUAAACGAUGCACCAUCAACAUUACCUUGUGACCUGGCAGAAAGUCACCCUGAAUGCACUGGAUGUCCACUGGAGGUGCUGGUAGAGCAUAAUACUUUGCGUGGGUGUACUUUGCCAGAAAAAGAGAUUUUCCUGCAGAAGUCACCAGAAGCUACCGUUCAUUCAAUCUGUGAUGCUGGAAUCACAAAGCCAGAAUGUACUGUAGAAGUUUUUGUAGACGCUGGAACAUUUAGUCAAGGUGACACUGUAGAACCAGGGACUGUUGAAAUGGUGGUAGAGGAGAUUGUCACUGACAGUGUAAUUGCAGUUGCUGAUGACACGCUUCACAUUCAUGCUUCUGAAAAGGAUAUUCCCAGCAGCUAUUCAGCUGCUCCUCAUAACACAGCUGGUGCUUCCGAUAACACUGUCACUGUUGCUGAUAAUGCAUUUGUCUCUGACGGCACUAACCACGUUCAGAUCAAUGAAAUAGCUAUCCCUAACGAAACUGUUAUAGAAAGUAACGCUUCCCAUGUCCCUACUGAUAUGCAGCUCUCAGUAGUUGGUCUUGAACGAAAGCAAGUGCAAACCUCCACCUUGGAAGAAACUAAAGAAACAGUUUUAGGAAGCGACUUGGAAGCUCCGUUGGUGGAUGGUCAUGUUAAAGCUGAGAAUCCUGUCAUAAGUCAUUAUUGUAAACUGUGCAAUAAGAAUUUCAGGGGUGGUAAUAUAAUAUUACAUGCAGUUGCUCACCUACAAAAGGACAAACUGAAAUGUAUGUUUUGUGGAAAAUUGUUUAACCGCCGUCUCAUAGCAAAAAAACAUGUGUUGGAACAUAUUGAAAAACUGAAAAUUACCUCUGUGCAUGGAAAUGGGCUUUGCGAAGCUUCGCCAUAUACAGAACCGUCGCCUCCGAAUGAUAAGCACAAAAACAAAUCUGCCACAAGAAUAGCAUACAGGAUUUCCACACGACAGAGGAAUGUCAGCAAGGAGUUAGCAGGGCCAAAGGUGUCCAGACAAAUUUCAAGUUCCAGAAAAAAGAAACCUACAACUGACAGGCAGCACAGGAUUUCUUUGCGCAAGAAGAAAGUUGGUAAAGUACAAGAGGACCAGAAGAUGCAAGAAAAGCUCUCAAAUCCCAGGAAAGCAAAGUCUGUGGACAGCAGGAAGAUAAUGAAUGAAAAUGAGAGUGGAAAGCCUAGACACCAUUGUCCUGCAGGUGGAUGUACCAAGACCCCUUUCAGAAAUGAGUCAUCUCUUCUCAGACAUGCAAUGAAAUUGCAUCCGGUGGACAUGAAAGUGCUGGAAUAUAUCUUCCGAAGGAGAAAUGGAAAGUGCCAGUUUUGCCAAAGAGAGUUUAAGAGUUUGGAGCAUUUCCAGCAUCAUGUUAAAAGGCAUGAGCACCCUCUGAAACAUGCAUGCUAUCAUUUUGACUGCACGCUCCGUUUCAAGACUCAUGCCGAGCUCAGGGAUCACAUGAAGAGACACCGGCCGCUUCAAGCGCAGUGUGACUUUGCUGGUUGCUCACAGCACUUCUGCCACCUUGCCAGGCUGCAUCAUCAUGAGCAAAAGCAUUACCUGCCUCCUCAAGAAGACCACAAUACUGGUGACUGUAACAUCCAGGCUGAAGGAAAAUGCACGGCAACUGUGAGUGAACCUGCUUGUGAAUCACUGAACAGAUCAGCAAAGAGGGGUGUAAGUUGUCCAGCUGGCAACGGUAUCACGAAUAUUGGUGAAGAAGUGGUUUCACUUGGAAUGCCAGAAAAGCAUGACGACGUUCAUGUAGACAGAACUGCCUCAAACAAGCAGCUUGUGAAUGGACACACCAAAAAUGGGGACUGGGUUGCUGUCGUUUCCACCCAAAGUCCGCUAAAGGCUACGUGCCCUGAAGGACAAAGAGAGCAGGAGACUCGGGAGAACAAUAAUGUAAAUACAGAAAGCAAUGGAACACCAGAAUGUACUACGGAGGGACAGAAGAAGGAGACGUCUCACACAGCCCCUUCCUAUGGGAAGACGUCUAAGAAGCCUUUUAUGCGUCCACCGCCGACUGCCUAUCUAGAUGAGCGUCACACUAGCAUGCCCAAGAGGAGGAAGUCCUCAGACGUGCUCCCACCGUCGCGUGAAGAAGAGAACAGCCCAAGCCACAGCACUCAGAGGCAGCGAUGCACAAACUGCUUCUCCUCUUUCCCAAGUGCUGAAGCAUUGCAGAUCCAUCUCUCUUCCAGCAAGUGCAAGUCUCUCUUUGGCUUUGAUUCUGAUGAUGAAAGUGCCUGGUAGAUAGAAAUAUGGAGCAUGUGGCGAUAUCUGGUUUCCAAGAUGCAGAAGUGAAGAAUCUACUUGUUCUUGUAAACUUUGAUUGGGCAACUGUCUGCACACUCCAUCUGCAAAGCUAAAGUCAAGAGAGAUUCAGAUGGCACCUUAGAAGGGGUUUAUAAUACUGAAGACUGACAUGUGGGAAGAGUAAGACUGCAAAGGGCACAUUUCAUGGCUGCCUCUGGGAGGCACUAGGUGUCUGUGAUUUAUUUUUUUUCUUUUCAUUUUAUUUUAUUUUUUUUUUAUUUUUUAUUUUUUUAAAGAAAAAAAACAAGCAUUCAUUUGCCGUUUUCAGUGGAAGGAACAGAAUGUAUAUGGUUAAUCCCCCCCCACUCAAAAGGACAUACUAUGAAGUGCUUGGAACUACUUGGUCAACUUCAUGCAAAGAUGUUUUCUAAAGGGUCAAAAUAAGACAAUGUUAUUAAAAUAUGUGGUGGUUCCAGUGUUUGAGACGGGGACUAUUUACAAUUUAGACGUACCCUUUCCUGUAAAGAGAAUUUGGUGUGAACCCAGUGUUUAUCCUGCUGUUCAACUAACAUUAAAGCAUUUCUUAUGUCCAUUUCUUUGUUUUGACUGUUCAGUAUUGGUUUACCUUUUUUUCUCUGUAGGUUCUGCAUGUAUAACUGGAUUGUGCAGUUUUUGGACAAAAAAGCAGAAUCUUCUUUCAUUGCCUUUCUUUUCAAUCAUUUCAUAAUAUUAAUAGAAUUCCUAUGUUGGAGCAGAAUAUUCCAGGUCUUCUAAAAUAAUAGGAGCCAUUGAACACUAAUUGAAUUCAGUGCGUCUUGGGGUUUGAACCGAUUUUUCAUCUUUGUUUUUAAUAAUGUACAGUUGUGUGUUUUUUUUUUUUUGUUUUUUUUUAUGGAAGUGAAUUAGAAUCCCAAAGUUGGCAAAUAAUUGUAUUUUUCUUAGUUCUUUUUAAAUGGUCAAAUGUGCAUUUUGGCAGAGAUUUGUCCUAACAACACUACUUUUUCAUAGUUUUUUUUUCUGGAUUUGUCAAAGAAUAGAUGUCAACGGACUGAUGCUGCUUCUAAGAAGUGACACAUUAAUAAAUACUCCAAACUCAAUAAAUCCUUUCAUUGUGGCUAAAUUUUGGUAGUUUAACUGACUUAAACUGUGUUAAAUUGAUGUGUACUGGUGGAGGAAAAACUACAUUUACUGAUUUGCAAUUCAUUUUUCAGUUUUUAUCAUGCAUGUGAAUGCUUUUAUAUGACAUUGUUGACAUAACACAUUUUUAAGCACCAUUAUCUAAAGUUAUGAUUAUGAAUAUAACGUGCUUAUCAAUUCAUGUUUUUCCCCCACAUGUUGGUUUUCUGUAUAGAUACUCUGUGUACUACUGGCUGAGAAACCUUGUGUGUCCUGGUGUUGGUCUCUUAAGACCAUUGUCACUGGAAUAGUUUAGUGGAUGUUUGGAUUUGUGUCUUUAUGUAUAUAAAAUCUUAUUUUCUAUAUAUAAAUGAAUAUCCUCUUCUACUGUAUUUUCCUACAGAUACAAUGUACCUUUUUAAACCAAAGAAAAUAUAGAAUAAAGUUGCUAAAUGCUGUCCAGGUUAAAUAAUAUGUGAACUUCACAGUUUGAAAUUUCAAGUGUUUUGAGGUUUGUGUAUCUUGUUAAAUUCUUAAGAAGGCAAGCCGCACUAUUCUGACAUCAGUGUUUAAAAUUCCCUUCCCCCCUCAAAACAGCAUACAUCUUAGGUAUUGCACAUUUUGUACAUUAAAAUUGCAAAUGUGUUCAUGCUAGUUAUUACACUUAAUAUACAAAUGUAUGAAAUAAACUUUUGUAAUUUUA